CUUUAGAGCUGCCUGGAGCUUGGUGCUGAGGAAAGGAGGACUUGGAAUGCGAGGGAUCCACAGCCCAGGAGGCACUGAUGAAGAGAACAAUAUCACUGUCUCAGAGUGAUGCCGAGCCAAUGAGUCAACUCGCCUGAAGGCCUUAGCAUGGCUCCUGGCACACACCCACAGCAAGGAGAAGAUGCCCCCCUACACCAACUACCAUGCCCAGCGCUCCUACCCCAUGCCCGAUGAGCCCUUCUGCACGGAGCUCAGCGCAGAGCAGCAGGCCCUGAAGGAGAAGGAGAAGGGCAGCUGGACGCAGCUGAGCCACGCUGAGAAGGUGGCCCUGUACCGGCUCCAGUUCCAUGAGACCUUCACAGAGAUGAACCGUCGUUCCAACGAGUGGAAGACAGUGAUGGGCUGUGUCUUCUUCUUCUUUGGAUUCACAGGUCUGCUGAUUUGGUGGCAGCGGGUCUAUGUGUUCCCUAAGAAACCCAUCACCCUGAUGGAUGAGUGGAAGGCCCAGCAGCUCCAGCGCAUCCUGGACAUGAAGGGCAACCCUGUUCAAGGCCUGGCCUCCCGGUGGGACUAUGAGAGGAAGGAGUGGAAGAAGUGACGUGGCGUCCCAGCUGCUCACGCUGCAGCUCUGCCCUGGCCCGGAGCCUACGGAGGCCCCUCCCCGCCACUUAACCCCAAUAAAGCUGGCCUGCUCUCAUCUGC